AUGCACAACUUCAUGUUCCAAGGAUUUUCAAAGGUCGUUAUUAAUACUUCAGAUGUCAUUGGAAUAUCACAAGUUGAACAAGAGAAACAACAUGUUAUUAAAGAGAUAGAAAACUGCAAACAGGUGAAGAUAAAGUCAGUCCUACCAUCAAGUAGUCUAGAUCAGUUUCUAGGAAAACAAGGGAUACACAAAAGUAGUAGAAAACAACAUGAUAUUGACACAAUAGAUGGUGUUGCAGUUUUACCCACUGAAGAUUUAGAUAAACAUAAUAAGCGAUUAGAUGAUCCUGUAGAACAAGAAGAAAUUGGUGAGGAUGGGUGGUUAAAUAGUGAUGAUGAUAUGAAUGUUGAUUGGGGUACAAAUGGAGUGCCACGAAAUAAAAAUGUUCGAGGACCAACAACAUGCAAAGAAAUUCAUCCGAGAACUUUAGAUGAAAGAGAGGUGGUGACAUUUGACUUAAGAGAAGCAGUGGGACCAACUGACAAGGUAGUUUCUAAUUUAAGCAACUUCAUAGAAACAGUUGCAAGGAAUCCCAGAUUUAUCAACUUGCUGUACACUAAUUGGCAUACUGUUCUAGAUGAAACUAAAAAAUGCAUGUGGGAUUAUGUCAAUAGAGAAGUUAAACGAAGAUGUUUUGAUAAAAGACUUACUAUUGAAGAAAUGCUAGAAAAAUGUACCGCUGGCAUUCCAGCUAUUCACUUACGUCAGUUGAUCGAGUAUUGGAAGCUUCCAGAAGUUGAAGCCUUGAGCGAGGUAAAUUCUCAAAAUAGGAAAAAACAAAAGUGGAGACAUCGAAUGGGACCUAUUAAUUUUGGAAGAGUACGCGUGGCAUUGCGCCGGACAAAAGAAAAUAAUGAGGAACCAUUAAAGGCUGAAAUGUUUGUUGCUACUCGUACAAAGAUAGGAAAAGAAGUUCAGGCAGAUACCCAAAUUACAAUAUUUGAACUAGAGAAUCAUCAAAAUGGUGGGAAAACACCAGAUGAUGCAUUCACAGCAGUGUUUGGAAAGGAGAAGCCUGGUCGAGUUAGAGGCUAUAGUAGAUCAGUGACAAGAACUUCUCUGCAAAAAGAUGAGAAAAUAAACGAGCUUAAACAAAAGCAUUCUAAUGAAGUCACUUCAAUGAAGAAAAAAAUUAUAAGUGAAAUGAGACAAGAAAUGAGACAAUUUUUUACUCAAUUGGUGCAAAACAAUCCUUGA